AUAAAUCCACGUGUGUACAUCCAUUCCACUCCGGUCGAAUAUAUAUUACAUCCACUAUGUAAUUGCCUAAAAAAUCGUACAUCCACUCUACUUGGUCCAAAGUGGAGUGGAUGUAGUGGUUCCGACCCUUGGCUCAAGGCGCAGAGCUGCGAUGAUUCUCGAGCGUCAACCGUCUGGUACACCUGCCAGGGCCACGACCCGCCAUUCAUGGGAUGCUGUGACGUAAGUCCUUGCAGCCAGGGUUGCACAAGGGACAACCUGUUGCCCACCAUCUUGUCGACUAAGAAGGCGAACCGCAAUGCGUUUCUGGAUCCCGAGUCCGUUUACUCCAGCACGGUGGCGACGAGUUCCGCGACCGCUUCCGCUUCCGCUUCCGCUUCGAGCUCGGCCGACAGCGACGAUGGCGGAGGUUUGAGCCAUGGCGCCAUGGCGCCGUGGCGGGCAUUGCGGCUGCGUCUGCUGCCGUCGGCGUCAUCCUCAUAGGGUUUUUGAUCUGGAGAUGUUGGUGGUAUCCGCGACAUCGGAAACAGAACGGUCAGCAGUUCCACCCCGUCGGAUCACAGACGCACCACGCUGGAGGCCCUGGC